CCUUUGGCCUUGGGCCAGUGUGGUGCACUUCUCUUGGAACUAGCAACUCUCACAGAAUUCAUGAAGAAGAGUCAUGCCUCUCACAGCCGCCCUUCAGGCUAGACUAGCAAAGAAAGGGCUGAUCAAAGGACCCAGUGCCCCAUCAGCAGAGCCUACUGAUGAGAACAAGCAGCCGUCCAAACCCGUAUGCCCCAAUCAAGACAAUCUGUACCAUCAAUGCUCACAAUUCUGUGUGGACAAACACGGCAUUGAGUUGAGCUCUGCAAGAGUGAACAUCAUCUUACCCGCCAACUGGAAGAAAGUAAAAGAUGACAAAAGCUAUUUUUGGAACACCAAGUCGAAUGAAGUAACAUGGUAUCCACCCAAUGGAACACAAUUUCUGAAUGCACCUGAAAAUAAUGAGAGCCCAGAAAACAACGAAAGACCUCCACCUGUUGAGGAGAUCCAGUCACCACUGGAAGAUAACUUGAUCGCAAAGGCAGCAAAAGACAAGAAGAGGCCAGCACCGUAUAGCAAGCCCGAGAGGAGUAAAAGGUACAAAGGUCGUGAUAAUGAUGAUGGGGAUCUCGACCCAAUGGACCCUGCAUCGUACUCAGAAAUACCAAGAGGAUCGUGGAAGUCUGGGCUAGAGGUAUCUGGUGAUGCAAAAACAGGAGUUGACAGCACUGCAAGUGGGCCGCUGUAUCAACAGAGACCCUAUCCUAGUCCUGGAGACAUUUUAAGAGCUAAUCAAAAAGCACAAAAUUGAACGAAUACUUCUUUUUUCAUUAUUCCAAUUUACGAUUAAUUUGCGAUUUACGAUUAAUUGCUGCGUGUCAUUACCUUCUUCUAUCAAACCUUACUUACCUUUACCUUACAAAGUAAGGCUUACUUUUAGUAGUUAGUGACGCUUGUAAUAAUUGUUUGAGUGUGAUGAUAUCGUAAACCGAAAACUCUGCUGUUGAUCGGAUUCGAACUCGCAACCUUCGAUCUUAACCUCAACGCUUUAACCGCUGGGCCACCCGAACCCACAACGUCAACAUAAAUUAUAUUAAUUGUCAUGCGCAGAUAUCAAUGUUUGUUUACAAUCACAUGAUGAUUCAGUACCAGAUAGUGAUCACACAAGUACGUAAGGCCAAUUAACUAUUUCUACUCUCUUCUCUGCUAUUAUUGCUGACUAUUAACUCCGUUCUUAGACUCAUAUAAGAUGUGCUGAGUAAUAAUUGGAGCCUGCGAGUACGUGGGCAAACAAAUUGCCAAGUGUUUCUACAAGUGCACUGGCAAGGGGGAGGGUGACGACGAGGCUAUGAAGACGACCAAUGGGAUUGACGCCGGAGGGUACGAGGAAACAAAGGAUGAACGAAAGCGGAGGGAGCAAGAGGACAGGGCGUAUGAGGCGCUCCAACAGCGUGACUCGUAUGGAUGACGCUAGAGGGUCAGCUGUGUGUUGGCCCAGAAACACUCAUACCAUAUAAUAUAUUUUAACUCAACAUAGAGUACAAUUCAUGAUAGCUCACACCUCAAGCUGUUUCAGUGGGUGUGUGCUGGAAGCUGUUAUUGUACACUCUCAAUGUUCACAAGGUCUAUAAGUUUAUUUAUUUCUGUGUAAGAAGUCUCACAUGAUUGAGUACACCUCAAGCGCACUGUGUCAGUGUACUCAUGAUGACUUUGUCACUUCACCUUCAUGUACAAUUGUACUGAUAAUAAAUAUUUUCUAUUGUAAUUGAA